AUGGUCAUGUCCGUCCCGGCUGUGGGACUCUCUGUCCUCAACGGCCCCGAAGAUGCCGUGAUUGACAUUGUCUUUGUUCAUGGUCUACAAGGGCACCCUCAAAACACUUGGACAUGGAAGCCAAAGGACACCUCUAAUAAACCUGAGUCGAGUCGUCGUCAUCCAAAAGUAGACAAGAAAGGUCGUCGCAGCAUCUUGCGGUCCGUGUUCUCGCGGAGCGGUCGCGCAUCUUCAUCGCGCCCAAACAGUCCCUCGACUGACGGAGAUACCGACGAGCAUGGCCCUGACGAAGAUCCGGCCGUGUACUGGCCUAGGGACUUGCUUGCAGCGGAUUUUCCAACUGCCAGGGUCAUGACCUUUGGCUACAAUACCAUUGUGACAGAGGGUUACAGAGCUGCCAACCAAGCCAGCCUUUUUGCCCAUGCUCGGGACCUGCUCUACGCGCUAGAGGCCAAACGGCGGUCUGCUCCAGAUCGUCCAUUGGUAUUCAUUGCACAUUCGCUCGGUGGUAUUCUCACCAAGGAAGUACUGAGGCGUUCUGAGGUCGACCUGGAUAUAAAGAUAAAAAGGGUUUUCGAAUCUACUAUCGGCGUCUUCUUCAUGGGAACUCCCCACCGUGGAAGUCAAGAAUGGGCCUCUUUCGGUGAAGGCAUGGCCAAACUACUGAGCUUUCUGGGUGGCGUCGAUGUAAACUUGCAGAUUGUACAUUCGCUGCUCCCCACUGGUCCAGAAUUGGAUUUGUGUCGGGAAUCCUUCGCGGCACAAUGGGCGAAACGCGGCGACUCACUCACUGUGAGAACAUUCCAAGAGUCAAAGGGCUUGACAGGUGUGACUUGGGGUGGAAUGAACAAGCUCAUAGUACCCCCAGACUCGUCAUCCCUGGAUCAUCCGAGUCAGCGAUCACGCACAAUCAAUGCCGAUCACAGAAUGAUGUGUAGAUUUUGUGGUCCUGAUGAUCCCGGAUACACGAUGGUCAAGGAGGAUAUCGCCGAAUUAGUGCAGCAGGCAGAGAAGCGUACUUCAAAAUUGAUCGUACCCAUCAACCAUGUUGGUUGGUCGUCACCCAGCCUGACGGCCAUUCAAUCUGAUAUCGGGCAGCCAGUCUCGGAUUCGUACGAUGAAGAAAUUUUCAAGAAAUGCCUGGAUUCAUUGUGGUUCACUGAAAUGGAAUAUCGAAGGAGCCAAAUCGACAGCCCUCAUCCCGAGACCAGCAAGUGGCUCUUUGCUGAAGAAAAAUAUAUGACCUGGUUUGAGCACUUGAAAUGCGAAGAGCAUCAAGGCCUGCUGUGGAUCAAAGGAAAACCCGGAGCUGGUAAGUCAACAUUGAUGAAGAAAGCAUUCAACGAUGCGAGCGCGCAGGAACCCCUGACCGGGGGCAUUUAUGCCAGCUUCUUCUUCCACAGCCGUGGCAACGUCGAGCUUCAGAAAACAUCACUUGGUUUAUUCCGAUCGCUCUGGCAUCAGCUGCUCAGAAGUGACGAAGUGUUUCGAUCCAAAUUUAUGGCGAGGUUUCUCGCGAAACCCACCCCACCAGACAAUCAGGCACAAAGCAUUUGGACCUUGGAAGAACUGAAGGAUCUCUUUCGCGAAGCUCUCACUAAACAUGUCCGACCUGUAAUGCUGUUCAUAGAUGGCCUCGAUGAGUGUGUGGAAACCGAAAUUCGGGAUCUGGUCAAUUUCUUCCGAAAAUUAACGACAACGGCCACCUCGAACGGUGCAAGACUAAGCGUCUGUUUAUCGAGUCGUCAUUACCCUCACAUUACAGUGAGCAACUGUCCUGAGAUUACUGUGGAGGACGAAAAUCAGGAUGAUAUCAGUCUCUACGUGCACGCACAAUUAUUCCCAGAGGAACAAAAAGGAAUGUACGCUGAGAUUCGGGAACAGAUAGUACGGAGGGCCGGAGGUAUCUUCCUCUGGACUGUACUCGUUGUACGAAUCUUGCUCGAGGAUUUUGAUUCCGGGAUGGGUGCCAACCCUGCAUCUCUGCAAGAGAGGCUGGACACAGUGCCGAGCCGAUUGGAGGAACUUUUUCUCGACUUGUUCAAGCAUACGAAAGGAAAUGACUUGAAAACAACCGUUUUCCUGAUCCAGGUCGUCUUGUUUGCCUCUAGUCCACUUAAAGAUGGAGAAAUGGCCCAAUGCCUUUCAUUUGGCUUGAACACAUACCAUUCACUUCAAGAAUGGAAGUCGUCGUCUACUUAUAUAGCGGACUGGAAGGCUUUUGAGAAACGAGUUAGAUUCCUUUCCCGGGGAUUGGUCGAGAUCACCUCAGAUCACACAGUCCAGUUCAUUCAUCAAUCGGUACGCGACUUCUUUCUAGGCCAGAGAGGAAUCAAGCUUCUCGAUAAGGACCUUGAGGCUGAUCCGGCCGGGAAAUCUCAUUUGGCUAUCAUUAUGUCUUUCCUGAACUUGAUGCGUACCAAAGAAUUGUCGUGUCUUGAUUCCAUCACCGAUGCACAACUCUGGUACAUGAGAGGGUUUACUAUGAAUUGGUUCAUAACUACGGACAAAGGCCGAGCAGACAGUGAGCAUAUAGGAGAUCUUUUCCCACAUCAAAUUCUCUUCCUCUGGAACGAUUUUGAUGGCUGCCGGCUUGCCUGGUAUGUCGGUCGUAAUAUUAUGAAGCAGCUUACCGCAGCGGAUAAGGUUGAGGCUCCCCUGAAGCCCGCCUUGGAUCUGCUUCUUCAUUCAAAAGACGCCAUCUGGUCGAGAGUGAAAACUGCUAUUAGCAUUACAGCUGCUGAAAAAGGAAAACUUCCGAAUCCACCGCGUAUCAGCCCUGUAUUAGAUGCAUUUGUGGACGCCAACAUGGUCAAAUUUGUGAAAGUAUUACUUUCGCUUGGAGCAGAGGUUAACGAACAAAAUACCGACACCAAGCCGCUGUUGAUUACGGCAGCCAAGCGAUGGGAACCCGAGGACCUUGAAGUUCUGCUUGCCAACGGCGCCAAGUCCGAUGUCCGAGAUUCUUCAGGAAGGACGAUCCUUCAUGUCUUUGCCGAGAGAGACCACGAGGACGGUGUGCUCAAGGCGCUAUCUCUAGGCAUUGAUAUCAAUGCUCUGAAUCGAAUGAGACGGACGGCUCUGCACUCCACCGUAUUAAAUGGUUUCACCAGGCUCUCGGAGAUUCUACUUGAUAGGAAAGCGAAUAUAGAUGCCAAGGAUGGCGACAUGAGAACUCCAUUAUGUUUGGCCGUGAUGAGAGACGAUGCACAGCAUGUGGCUCUUCUGAUCAAGCACGGCGCAGACCUAGGUGCCAGGGAUUUGAAUGGGGAAACCGUGUGGGAUGCCGCAAAGAGUCGACCUCGGAGCUUGAUCACAGUUGAAAGAUUGGAGGAAUUGAGUGGGAAACCGGCGGAGUUCACAAGAUCCCACGACGACGUUGAUACGGAACCUAUGAGUAACAUCAGAGAUUCAUUGGAGUUCUAG